CGAUGAAACUGUGAGGAGUUAGUUGACGGAGAUUUGUUGUCUUAUCUUAUCUGAGAAAUAAAAUUCCGUUAGUUGAUUUUUUCACUUUUGUCAUUUGUGGACGAAAAGGCUCAAAAUAGGAUUACACUGGUUUAUGCAUUUACCGUUGAUCAGUAUUUUUACGGAAUUUGACCCCACAAUUCAGUUUCUUGAUAAAUUGUUCUCGGCAAAAUAUUAAUUAUUUAAUUAUUUUUGAACGAAGUUAAUUAGUGAUUUUAAUUAAUUAAUAAUUAAUUGUCUAAUUAUGACGAUACAAAAUAAUGUGGUGAGGAGGAAACACAGUAAAGUUUUGGGUUGGGGAGUGAUCGUCAUCUUUUCUUGUUGGUGUAUCGGACAAGUUAAAGGAUAUUAUGGAAUUCACACUUUGCCAUCGUACUAUCACGAUUUCGUCCAACUUUAUAACUCCGCUGCUUCCGCCCCCACAAAUUUCGAGCACGACCGAGCCGUCGCCGACGCCCUCAAUUCCACCCGAGACCACUAUUUUCUUGAGUCCCCGUCCGAAUUGGAUGACCAGAUCGAAUCCCUUCACGAGUUCAUCACGGCGCAAAUGAAACAGCAAAAUAAUUCCGUUUCAACGCCCCACCAACAAACCAAGAUUAACGCGUCGGCUCUCGGAUUCCCAGAUUUUUACGCAUUCCGCCAAAUAUUUUCCGGCUUUGGUGACACCGUCAAACGCGACGCGGUUUGUUCCGGGUGUCAAGUUUUUCUCGGGUUGAUGGCGCAUCAGAUUAAAGUCCAGUCGACCAGUGAGUCCAAUUUGGUCACAUUUUCGACCUUCACGUGUACAUUUUUCCGGCUCGCCGCGCCAGAAGUUUGCGCCGGCGUGUUGUCCCGAUUGGGGCCGUCGUUCUACUACAUCGUCCAAUCGAGGCCAAAGGUCAAGUCGAGCAUAAUGUGUGGUCUCAUGUUUCAAAGUUUGGGAUGUCGAAUCCCUCACAGAGCAAUUUUGGGGACGGACUUUGAAUGGAAUGUCGACACUUUGAGAAAACCGGGUCACGUGAGCAGCACGUAUCCCGUGCCACGACCGGAUAUCAAUGUUCUGCCGUCUUUCGACUACCGAAAUCCGGUCGGAUUGACGAAAGAUCCGAAUAAAAAGGUCAUGAAGAUUGUGCAUUUGGCGGAUCUGCAUAUCGAUUAUGAUUAUAAGGCGGGGACAAAUGCAGAAUGUGACAAUGAAGUUCUCUGUUGUCAAGAAAAAUCUGGAUAUCCUGACAAAGCCAAGAACAUUUCGGGCGCCGGGUAUUUUGGCGAUAAUCGAAAAUGCGACGCGCCCAUAACUAUUUUACAUAUGGCGUUAAAACAACUCCAGACCACGCACGGGAGCGACAUCGACAUAAUUUACAUGACGGGUGACCUCGUUCCGCACAAUAUUUGGUAUUCGACGCAAGAAGAUAACACCGCGACGAUUCGUGGCACGUCGAAAGUUCUGCACGAUUAUUUUCCCACGGCCACGGUGAUUCCGUGUUUAGGAAAUCAUGAACCACACCCGGUCAAUUCAUUCAGCCCAACCACGAGAACGUUCGGCUCCCAGGAAGCCAACCCAAUUCCGAAAGAUCUCCAAACCGAUUGGGUUUACGAAGUGGCGUACGAAUCUUGGCAACAAUGGAUCCCGCCAGACCAAAAGGAAACGUUCUUAUCGUCGGGACAUUACGCGGUAGAGAUUAAUCCCAAAUUCCGCGUCCUUGUCGUCAACACGAAUGUCUGCUACGGAUUUAACAUGUGGCAACUCUACGACCCUCAAGAUCCCGGCGGUCAGUUGGAAUGGCUACAAAAGCAGUUGGCCCUUACAGACUCGCAGAACAAAACGGCACACAUCGUAGGUCACGUGCCGCCCGGGCAUGAAGACUGUUUUAAAACGUGGUCCCGGGAAUUUUACAAAAUCGUGGCGAAAUAUAGGAACGUUAUUCGAGGACAGUUUUACGGUCAUACGCAUUACGACGAGUUUCGUGUCCUGCAUGAUCCCCUGAUUAAAAGUGAGGCGAUUAAUGUCAUGUGGGUCGGGCCGAGUUUGACGCCGUACAGAAUUCACAACCCCGGUUAUCGCAUCUACCACGUGGACAUUUCUCACGAUUCGACCUACGGCGACGUUAUUGACCAUGAAACUUGGAUUUAUGAUCUCGAACAAGCCAACACCGAGGCGGAGAAAAUUUUCGGAAUUCCACCACGUCGAAGACCCUCCACUUCCAAUAAGAACAUUGUCCCGGCUUCCGGUCCCGACCAUUUUUCAGUUCCCUGGUUUCGUCUUUAUCAAGCCACGGAAAUUUACGGGAUCAAAAACUUACUUCCGAAAAAUCUCAAACUUUUCGUCAUCAAAAUGGCGAAAGAUAGAAAAACGUUUGACGCUUUUUACAAAUACUACUUCAAAGCGACGGACCCCAACCAUCAGAGUAGAGAUCCAUGCGACACAAUUUGUCGGAAACGAAUCCUCUGCGGCAUGGUGCAGGCGUAUUACGACGACGAUGACGGACAAGUCGAGUGCAACGCGAUACAGAAAGAUGUCGACGGCGUUAUUCUGCCCAUGCGCGUUUUAGAACAUCGCAAACGCUUCAUUUGGUUGUAAAUAUAUGCAAAUUUCAAAAUUUCCGCUGCAGUGUUUUUCACAAACUGACCGUUUUAGUCGUCCAACAAAACAACUCAAAAAAUUGUGUAAAAAAUGAAAAUGCCAAAUAGAAAUAGUUUAUGUAUUGUACAUAUUGUGUAAUAUAAUUAAUGAAUGCCGCGCUAUGGAGGGAAGUUCAAA